CACUCGUUUAUUUUGAAGGCUCGUUUUAAAAUCUUUUCCUGUUCUUUGUACUUUUGAAAAUCUCCUCCACCAUCGAGCGAGAGCACAGCCCGCCCUCACGCGGCUGCAGCUUGAGGUCUGAGCUCCGUCCAGCCCGGAUCCUCCCCGCCACGGGCACCCCGCGGCGCCGCCCGCGCCCUCGCCCUCGCCCGCCGAGGUGUCGCCGGACCUCGGCUACACACGUUUCACACGAGUCCGGGGGCGGGGAAGGGCUCCGCCUGGGCUGGGCGUCUGCAGCAGCGCCGCCGGGGCCGGGGCCGGGGUCGCAGUGACAGUGCCGGGCCGGGCCGGGCGGGGCCGCCUCCAGUCUCGCGCCUCCUCGCCUCGCCUCAGCGCUGCGCAGGGCCGGGCCGGGCUGGGCUGGGCUGGGCUGGGCCGGGCCGGGCCGGGCCGGGCCGGGCGCACCUGCCGCAGCUGCUCGCCCAUGGCGCUGGCCGAGCUGUACACGCAGUACAACAGGGUUUGGAUUCCUGAUAGUGAAGAAGUUUGGCAGUCGGCAGAAAUCACAAAGAACUACAGAACCGGAGAGCGUGUGCUUCACCUACGAUUAGAAGAUGGAACUGAAUUGGCUUACUCUGUUGAUCCGACAGCCUUGCCGCCUCUGCGAAAUCCUGACAUACUUGUUGGUGAAAAUGACCUCACUGCGCUUAGCUAUCUCCAUGACCCUGCUGUUUUACACAACCUUAAAGUUCGUUUUGUGGAGUCUAAGCUUAUCUACACGUACAGUGGAAUCAUUCUGGUUGCAAUGAACCCCUACAAACAAUUACCAAUUUAUGGAGAUGCUAUUAUCCAUGCAUAUAGUGGGCAAAACAUGGGGGACAUGGAUCCACAUAUAUUUGCUGUGGCAGAAGAGGCUUACAAGCAAAUGGCAAGAAAUAACAAAAAUCAGUCCAUUAUAGUCAGUGGAGAAUCAGGAGCUGGAAAGACUGUGUCUGCUCGGUAUGCUAUGAGAUAUUUUGCCAUGGUCAGUAAGUCAAGCAGCAAUGCACAUGUUGAGGAUAAAGUAUUGGCUUCCAACCCAAUAACAGAGGCUGUGGGUAAUGCAAAAACAACACGCAAUGACAACAGUAGUCGGUUUGGGAAAUACACCGAAAUCAGCUUUGAUCGGAGGCAUCAGAUCAUUGGAGCAAAUAUGAGGACAUACCUACUUGAGAAAUCCAGGGUUGUUUUUCAAUCAGAGAACGAAAGAAACUACCACAUAUUCUAUCAGUUGUGUGCAUCUGCUCUGCAACCAGAAUUUAAGCCUCUUAAAUUGGGGAGUGCAGAAGAAUUUAAUUAUACACGAAUGGGUGGCAAUACUGUUAUUGAGGGAAUUGAUGACAGAGCGGACAUGGUGGAAACUCGGAAAACGUUCACUCUACUAGGUCUGAAGGAAGAUUUUCAGAUGGAUGUUUUUAAGUUACUGGCAGCAAUCCUGCACUUAGGCAAUGUGCAAAUAAUGGCUGUUGGUGAUGACAGAUCAUCAGUCAGUCUGGAGGAUAAACAUCUUGAUAUAUUCUGUGAACUUCUGGAUUUAGAUAGUGAACCAAUGGCACAGUGGUUGUGCCAGCGAAAGAUUAUCACUUCCUCAGAGACUGUAAUAAAGCCAAUGACAAAACUACAAGCUCUUAAUGCUAGGGAUGCAUUGGCAAAGAAAAUCUAUUCUCACUUGUUUGACUACAUUGUGGAAAGAAUUAACCAAGCCUUGCAGUUUACUGGGAAGCAGCACACUUUUAUUGGCGUCCUAGACAUUUAUGGCUUUGAAACUUUUGAUGUGAACAGUUUUGAACAAUUUUGUAUCAAUUAUGCUAAUGAAAAACUACAACAACAAUUUAACCUGCAUGUCUUUAAACUUGAACAAGAGGAGUAUAUGAAGGAAGAUAUUCCAUGGACCCUAAUAGAUUUUUAUGACAACCAACCAGCUAUUGACCUUAUUGAAGCUAAAAUGGGAAUAUUGGAGCUGCUAGAUGAAGAGUGCUUGUUACCUCAGGGAACAGAUGAAAAUUGGCUUCAAAAGCUGUAUAAUAAUUUUAUCAACAAGAACCCACUCUUUCAAAAGCCAAGAAUGUCAAACACAUCUUUUAUCAUCCAGCACUUUGCUGAUAAGGUAGAAUAUAAAUGUGAAGGAUUUUUGGAAAAAAACAGAGAUACAGUCUAUGAAGUUUUAAUUGAAAUUUUGAAAAGCAGCAAGUUUCAUCUCUGUGCAAACUUUUUUAAAGACAAUCCAGCACCCAUUUCACGCUUCGGUUCAGCUAUCAAAGUCAAACCUGCAAGACCAGUGGUCAAGGCCCCUAACAAACAGUUCCGGACAACAGUUGGCAAUAAGUUCCGCAGUUCUUUGUAUCUGCUUAUGGAGACACUUAACGCAACCACACCUCACUAUGUCCGAUGCAUAAAGCCAAAUGAUGAGAAGAUGCCAUUUGAGUUUGACUCCAAGCGGGUGGCUCAGCAGCUUCGAGCAUGUGGUGUUCUGGAAACUAUUCGAAUUAGUGCACAGAGCUAUCCUUCCAGGUGGACGUACAUAGAGUUUUUCAGCCGUUAUAGCAUUCUCAUGAUGCAGCAUGAACUCUCACUAAGUGACAAGAAAAAGAUUUGCAGAACUGUUUUGCAGCGGCUAAUCCAGGAUCCUAACCAGUAUCAGUUUGGGCGAACAAAAAUUUUCUUUAGAGCAGGGCAGGUUGCUUAUUUAGAAAAACUACGGUCAGACAAACUGAGGCAAGCCUGCAUCGUGAUCCAAAAGAAUGUCCGAGGCUGGCUGCAGCGGAAGAAAUUCCUCCAUGUCAGACGAGCAACUAUUAUAAUACAGCAGUACUUCCGUGGACAGCGGACUGUACGGCAAGCCAUAACUGCUACAGCCCUAAAGCAAACAUGGGCAGCUAUAGUCAUUCAGAAGUACUGUCGAGGAUACCUUGUCCGUAAACUUUGUCAGCUCAUCCAUGUGGCUGCUGUAACAAUUCAAGCGUAUACACGAGGAUUUUUAGCAAGGAAAAAAUACCGAAAGAUGCUCAAAGAACACAAGGCAAUUAUCCUUCAGAAGUAUGCCCGUGCCUGGCUUGCGAGGCGUAGAUUUCAGAACAUUCGGAGGUUUGUUUUGAAUAUUCAGCUUUCAUACAGGGUUCAGCGAUUACAGAAGAAACUAGAGGACCAGAGCAAAGAAAAUCAUGGCUUACUGGAGAGAUUGACCAGCCUAGCUUCAACUCAUGCACAUGACCUAGAUACAAUCCAGAAACUUGAAUUAGAACUUGAAAAAUUAACCACACAGAAAAGAAUCUCUGAGGAUAAAGGGAAGAAAUACAAGGAUGACAAGGAACAGAAAAUCUCAAAACUUGAGAAACAAGCUAAAGAAUUGCAGGCAGAGAGAGAAGUUUUACAAAAGAAGCUCCAAGAGAAAACAGAGGAAAUGAAAGAUAAAAUGGAUGACCUUACCAGACAACUGUUUGCUGAUGUACAAAAAGAAGAAAAACAAAGAAUAAUACUAGAGAAAAACUUCCAAAAUCAGAAGCAAGACUAUGAAAAAGAAAUUGAAUCACUGAAGGAGGAAAUUAAGACUCUCAGAGAAGAGAAAAUUCAACUACAGCAUCAAAUUCAGCAAGAACUUAUUAUUCAGGAUGGCUUAAAAAUGGAAGCAGGACAGCUUACAAAACAGUUGCAGAUAAUACCUGAAUUGCAAAAAGAAAUUGAACUGCUUCAGGCACAGAAAAUUGAUGUGGAAAAGCAGGCCCAAUCCCAGAAGCGAGAGAUGAGAGAGAAAAUGUCAGAAGUUGCAAAACAACUCCUUGACAGCUAUGACUUAGAAGAUGUAAGAAGCAGGCUCUCUACAGAAGAUUUGGAACACUUAAAUGAAGAUGGAGAAAUUUGGUUUGCUUACGAGGGCCUGAAAAAAGCAACAAGAGUAUUGGAAAGUCAUUUCCAGUCUCAGAAAGACAUUUAUGAAAAAGAGAUUGAAGCUUUGAACUUUAAAGUUGAACAUCUCAGUCAAGAAAUUAACCAUUUACAAAAGUUAUUUAGGGAGGAAAAUGACAUAAAUGACAGUAUUCGGCUCGAAGUCAGCAGGCUAACAUCAGAAAACAUGGUGAUCCCAGACCUUAAACAGCAGAUUUCUGAACUGCAAAACCAAAAGAUGGAUCUUGAAAACCGCUUUCAAGAACAGACUGCAAAGAUGAAAGGAAAAAUGGAAGGAAUAUCUGAACAGUUGCAUCAUAAUCUAUCAAAGGAAGGAACCCCAAGGAGAAAACUGGAAGCUGAGAAUGAAAUAUACACAAAAGAAAAAGAAAAGCUGAUUGCCACAAGCCAAGAAAUUCAGGAGACAAACAAUCACUUAAAGAAACAACAUGAAAAUGAAAUAAAGAGGCAGGAGGCAUCUCGCCUUGCUGUGGAAAACAUGGAGCUUGAAGAAAAGCUAGACAUGAAAGACAGGAUGAUAAAGAAACUGGAGGAUCAGAUCAAGACUCUUACCAAAACUAUUGAAAAGGCCAAUGAACUGCAUGUGCCAGCAGCACCUAAAGAAUACAUUGGAAUGAUGGAAUACAAAAAGGAAGAUGAAGGAAGAAUUGUUCAAAAUCUAAUUCUUGAUCUAAAGCCACGUGGUGUGGUAGUAAAUAUGAUACCAGGUCUUCCAGCUCACAUCCUGUUUAUGUGUGUGAGAUAUGCAGACUAUCUCAAUGAUGCUGAUAUGCUGAAAUCUUUCAUGAACAUAACCAUUAAUGGGAUCAAGCAAGUUAUUAAGGAACAUAUUGAAGAUUUUGAAAUGAUGUCUUUUUGGCUCUCCAAUACAUACUAUUUCCUUAACAGUCUGAAACAGUAUAGUGGGGAAGAGGAGUUCAUGAAGCACAACACUCCCCGUCAGAAUAAGAACUGUUUGAAGCAUUUUGAUCUUUCAGAGUACAGACAGAUACUUAGUGACUUGGCCAUUCAUAUCUAUCACCAAUUCAUCAUUGUAAUGGAGAACAACAUUCAGCCAAUGAUAGUGCCAGGCAUGCUUGAAUACGAAAGUCUUCAGGGAAUUUCUGGCUUAAAACCAACAGGAUUCCGUAAACGUUCUUCUAGUAUAGAUGACACAGAUGCCUACACAAUGACUUCUAUCCUGCAACAACUCAGCUAUUUUUAUAGCACGAUGUGCCAGAAUGGCUUGGACUCUGAGCUUCUAAAGCAGGCAGUGAAACAGCUUUUCUUUCUCAUUGGAGCUGUCACCCUCAAUAGUCUCUUCCUCCGCAAGGACAUGUGCUCUUGUAGGAAAGGAAUGCAGAUAAGAUGCAAUAUCAGCUACUUAGAAGAAUGGCUUAAAGAAAAGAAUUUGCAGAACAGCACUGCCAAGGACACCCUGGAGCCUCUCUCUCAGGCAGCCUGGCUCCUUCAGGUCAACAAGAUCACAGAUGAUGAUGCCAAGGAAAUAUGUGAAUGCUGUACAUCCCUGUCCACUGUGCAGAUAGUAAAGAUCCUCAAUUCAUACACUCCUAUAGAUGACUUUGAGAAAAGAGUGGCCCCAGCAUUUGUUCGUAAAGUACAGGCCAUGCUAAAUAAUCGAGAAGAUAUGCCACAGCUGAUGCUAGACACCAAGUAUCUCUUUCAAGUAACAUUUCCCUUUACCCCCUCUCCAUAUGCACUGGAAACUAUACAAAUCCCCAGUAGUUUCAAACUUGGCUUUCUAACAAGAGUGUAAUAAAAAAAAAAGAAGGAUUUGCCAAUUGUCCAUCAAAGACUAAAUGAAGAGCAAACUUUUGUUACUCAGUCCUGCGACUGGAGCUUAAAGACAGAGUACUCUUUUUAAACAGCUGUGAAAUCAGGACACCAAUUGUAAGAGUAACUUGUGUUCCAGCCUAUAACUUCUGUUGUCCUUUACCCAAUAUUGUUCCUUUUCUGUUGCAUUUCUGCGAAGGAUGAGAGCUGGAUACUAAAGUGGCCUUAUGGUUUUGGAGCCAGAAUGUCACUGAGACAGUAACAGAAAUCUAUAUUGGUGCUUCAGGAUCAAUGACAGACUGCCACUCAGGUAGAAAAUGGGGCAACAGCUGUUAUGGUAUAACUUUUAUGGUGCCAUCUCCUCUCACAAGUGAGCUCUGUUUCAUAAGAGUUCUUCUCAUUGCUUUCAUCUGAUGGAUUUAUUUUACAGCAGUCUUCACCCAGCCUCGUUUCCUGUGGCAUCAUCCCUUCCAUUAAAGUAGUCUUCUUUAAUAACAGCAAGUAAAUAAUGUUUUGUGCCCUCAAGAGAAUGUAGCAAUAGCAAAUGGAAGGUUUUCCUACAACAGUUUAAACAAAAAUCAAUACAAAUUGCUCCUCUGAACUUGGGAAAAGUUCUGGUAUAAAUGUAAGGAAGCUCUUCAGCAAACUAAGGUUCUCCUUUUCACUGACAGGCUGCUUUGUUUCUCAGAUGUCUGUAUUAUGGUUUUAUAGACAGGCACAUACCAGAGAGCUGUUCCAAGGAGAGUUGGGACUAGGGCACUUAGUUUUCCAGAAGGUUUCAAUUCCACAUAAUAAAAUUCCAGGGAGUUCAGCUCUGGGGUUCUGUUUUGGCCCAUUCUGGAUUCUCACAAGGGAAUGAUGUUGUUUUAGGUCUGACUUAAGGCCUGUUGUAUCUGAAGCAAAGGUAGUAAUCUGAAAGUGUGUUAGGAAACAUAACUGAAAUAGAGUUUUUAAUAAGAACUUACCAGCACUAUAUAUCAUGGAAAUUCUGAGUUUCUACAGACCAUCCUGCUUGUUUCCCCUUUAACAUUCUGAUGUGCAGCCAGUCAGGAGAACCCUAGCAUAUCUCACUUAGACAUUUUGGCCCUUUGGGAGGUGCUCAUUUGCCACAGUGGUGGGUGUCAGAAAAGAACCAAGAGAGACAGGAAAGGGUCCCCUUCUGCAACCACUCUGUAUGAGCUCUGUUUGUCACAAAGCUGAGUCAGUGGGCAGUAGGCAAUGUUUGCAGGACUGUGCUCUAAACAUGUAUAAGUUUCUGGUAUGACCAUCCUUGGUGACUACUUUUUUUAAAUUUUUUAAGAGGUUGUUAUACUUGGGGAAGGCCCUGCUUUGAGCAGGGGUUUGGACUGGAUGACCUCCUGAGGUCCCAGUCUCUAGUCCAGCUCCCUCUGUAUGUGCAGACUACUUGGUGAGUAAAUCCAGCUCCUGUGGUGAAUCCUGUUACCAGAUGCAGCCUGGUUUCUCUGUAUGUGUUCUUAUUUUUUUUCAUUUGAUGUAUACACUCUUUGGAAGCAGGAACAAUGCCACCUCUUUGGUCUGUACAGUAGGACACCCACACACAGCAUACAGCAGAUAACUUUUUAUUGAUUUGCUAUAGUGCCCUGUGAGAAUAAUUGAAGUAACAACACCCUAGAAAAAAACCCAGGUUGAUCCUGAUGAUGAUUUACUAAUCAGGUGUUAGAACUUAAGUAUUCAAAUGUAAUAUUAGUAAGGUAUAGAAUUCCUGUGUGCAAGGACAGAUUUCAGUUGCUGCAAUAUAUUUAAGAGGUUUUAACUUAAUUCAGUUAAUUUAAACAUUGGUCAUAUGAAGGCAUGACAAAGCAAUGUUUGCAAUAUUUUGCUAUAGUAUUUCUUUAAUUUCACGUAACAGCAUUUGUGAAUUUAAAGAUGAAACCACCUUUGGUAUUUACUAGCAUGCAGAGUGAUAUAUGAAAAGUACAUAGAGCAAGAAUUUUUAUUGCUUCUAAAAUAAAUAAAUAUAUAUAUAUAUAUAUAUAUAUAUAGUACUCAAGAGUGUCACAGGCAUAUAAGUAAGCUUAUGCUUUCCACAGGUUAAAUAGCUUUAUUGUAACAUCUAAAUAAUACCAGAGUUAUUUUACUUUUUCAAUACUCAAACUUUUGAAAAAUACUCAUUUAAAUUCUGUAAGGCUUGGUGAAUACUUUUGGUUAGGGGUUAAAUUAUUGUAUCUCCUUCUACAUACUACCCCAGUCACGGGGACUGCCAAGUAGUGUGUCUGAAUAUCUGAAAUGUGUGCUGUCUUCAGCUGCUCCUGCAUUUCCAUAAUAAAUACUGGUAUGAAAAUAA